AUGAAGUCCAAGAAGAAGCCGAUAGAGGCCCUCAGUGCGGAGCAGUUGGGGGUGGACACUGCGCCUGCUUACGAGACGCUUGAGGUGGUGGAGCCGUCCAAGCGCAAGGGGGGCGUCAUGGUAGGCAGCGUGAGGGAGCUGGUUGAGCGCCUGCACAACGAGGCGGGCGUGAUGUAG